AUGGCCACGUCGGAAGAGGAGAUCAAGGAAGCCUUCAACUGCUUCGACACUGACCACACCGGCUUGAUCGCCGCCGAUGACAUCGGAACCGUGAUCCGCGCCCUCGGAAAGGCGCCUCUCGAGAGGGAGCUGGACCAGAUCAUCGCCGAAGCUGGGGAGGGUCCCGUGGACUUCAACAAGUUCAAGGGCCUCUACAGGAAGAAGCUCCGCCGCCCCCAGGAGCUCGAGAAGGACAUGCGACAGGCCUUCCGCCUCCUUGACAACACCGGCACGGCAAGCUCUCCGAGGCCGACCUGCGCCCUUGGCGAGCCCCUCUCCAGCGAAGAGGUUCACACUCUCUUCUUCUUCGACGUGAUGGUGGUGAAGGUGUUGACGUGGUGGCUUGGGUGUGUUGUCCAGAUUGAUUCGCUGCUGAAGGCGUGUGAAGUUGAUGCUGAGGGCAACCUCAAGUAUGAUGAGUUUGUGGACCUCCUCAUCCAAUAG